AUGGCCCGGUUCAGUCUCUCAUUUAUCUCGAUCUUCCUGGUCCUCGCGGUCUUCACUCUCUCCAUGCCUACCAAGCGUGAUGGGCAAGCCACCACUCAACCGCUUAGCCUCGAGGGCACCGUUAGCGAAUUGAUGCACGCCUCUAAGUUGAUGGAUGGUCUAGACGUCAAGGACAGCGAAGAGAAGGCGGACAAGAAGGCGGCUAUGAAGGAGGAGGCCAAGAAUGAGGAAGCUAAGGCUUAUUCGAAGCUGGCUGAAAAGACUGGGGCUGUUGACAAGCCCACUUCUGCUGCGACUCCUGCGAAGAAGCUUUCCUCCGGCAAUUUUGUGACGCCAACUGCAACCCCCACACACAAGCCCACAUCGCAGCCUAACGCCCUGGGCAACCUUCCCAUUAUCGGUGGUAUUCUCGGCGGUGCCGGAGGUGGCCUCUGA